UGUGUGUGUAUGUGUGUACAUUCCAAUGGGUGUAUGUGUGUGUAGAUGUGUGUACAAUGGAGUGUGCAGAUAUGUGAACAUGUGUGUACAAUGGAGUGUGCGUGUAUGUGUGUACAAUAGAGAGUUUGUGUAUGUGUGUACAUUCCAAUGUGUGCAUGUGUGUGUAGAUGUGUGUACAAUGGAGUGUGUAGAUAUGUGUGUAUGUGUGUACAAUGGAGUGUGUGUGUAUGUGUGUACAAUGGAGUGGGUGUGUAUGUGUGUACAAUGGUGUGUAUGUGUAUGUGUGUACAUUACAAUGUGUGUAUGUGUGUGUAGAUGUGUGUACAAUGGAGUGUGUAGAUAUGUGUGUAUGUGUGUACAAUGGAGUGCGUGUGUAUGUGUGUACAUUCCAAUGUGUGUAUGUGUGUGUAGAUGUGUGUACAAUGGAGUAUGUAGAUAUGUGUGUAUGUGUGUACAAUGGAAUGUGUAUAUGUGUGUAUGUGUGUACAAUGGAAUGUGUGUAUGUGUGUACAAUGGAGUGUGUGUGUACGAGUGUACAUUCCAAUGUGUGUAU